AUGUCAAACCAACUUGUUGCUUUGUUGUUGGUAGUGUGCCUUGUAACUGUUCAAGGUGAGACUUAUUUCAAUGGUAAAAAACCACUAACACAAGCAGAGUGCGUGGCAAAUUGCAUCAGCAGAAGUAUCCUCUGGAAAAGCUUAUCAGAAUCAUUGUGUGAAUUUAAUUGUGCUAAUGUCAUCACGUGGAAAUCUUAUCAAGGUCCAUCUUCUCAUGGUUCCCACGCAAGGGGGUAUGGUCCAGUUGGUGCUCCUAAACCUUCUCUGGCCCCAGCUCCACGGAGCAUAAUGGAAUUAAGUAAAAACACAGAGGCAUAA